AUGAGGAAAGGGGUGGCAGAGGUGCUGGUGGUAGAGGAGAAGCCCAAGCUCAAGGCCAACCCCGUGACUCAGCCAUGGCGCCCGUGCAACCAAGUAAUAGAGAACAUAUUUGACCACUAUGACCUGCUGGAGGUGAUGGAAGGAACGGAGAAGCGUCCCGAGAACGACCCGGAGAAGAGCCCGUGGGUGCGGAAGAGCGCACAAGGCUACCUCCUACUUGGGCAAGCGUUGGGGAGCAGCCAAAUCCGUCACAUCAAGCCUUUCCAGCGUGAACCAGAGAAGGGACCAAAAGCAUGGGCUGCUCUCAAGGGUGUACACGCUCCUGCAACAGCGGCGGUAGCUGUGGUGUUGGAACGGCAAAUGGCGACGUUACGAAUUGAAGAGGAUGAAGCGGUAGAAGAAGGGGUGCAGAAAUUCUUCGACUUGUUGACGCGGCUUGAGGGAGCUGAUUUGAACUAUAGUGAGCUCCAAAAGAAGACCAAGUUGCUGGCCCUACUCCCCGAAUCAUGGUCCUCGCUCAUCAUCAACCUCAAUCGCGACUUGCCCCGCCUCUCGCUCGAAGACGUGAAGCGGGCUAUCCUUCAAGAGGAUUUCCGCCGUCGUGAGUUGGCGAGUGCGGAUGGCGCUGGGGCAGCGAGCAUCGGCCGUGGAUAUGGUCGAGGAAGAGGCAGAGGAAAAGGGGGAGGAAGGUUUGGUGGCAGCAACUUUGGCGGAGGCCGCGGGAGUGGCGGUUACGGCAGCAAUGACAAGAGCUACGGACGCGGUCGCGGCCGAUUCGACGGCGAGUGUCACAAUUGCCACAAGAGCGGACACAUGUGGUGCGACUGCUACAAACUCCCUGAUGGUUGGACCCCUGCUCAAGGCCAAGAGGGUAGAGGAGCAGGAGGAGGGAGAGGACGAGGCCGUGGAGGCCGUGGCGGUCGCGGUGGCGGAGUUGCAAACAUGAAGAGCGGAGACAACGACAAGGACCUGAGCGACGAUCGAUACCCGGGUCUAUUCUACUUCGUGUCGACGCAAGCACCGGCUGGUCCAGAGAAGGAUGAAGACUUUGAGGAGCCAGCAGCUGUGGGGAAGGUGACCCUACACCCCCUGGACUACUGGGUGAUUGAUAGUGGCGCUACCUAUAGCAUGACACCUCGCCCGGACUUGCUCACCGAACUCGAGCCGUCACCGGUGAAGCAUGUCACAUCGGCUUUGGGGCAGCGAGCAGAGGUGAAAGGCAUGGGGAAGGCCAUGUUCAAGGGUGCUGAUGGGAAGAUGGUGGGCCUCAAGAACGUGCUUUGGGUGCCCAGCCUUGCUGCAAACCUGAUUUCCGUGCGGCGGUUGGCAAAGGCCGGCAUGGACACUAACUCGAAGGGAGCCAAGACCUACACCGCAAGGCUUGGCGAUCGAAUUCUCUGGGACCUUCAUGAGGACAGGGAUGUCUACAACGAGAUGUGGCAGAUUCCAGUGGUCCCUAUGCCUAAGGAGAGGCAAGUGGCAGCAAGCAUCAGCACCAAGGAUGGAGCGGUCGGUAGCGACGAUGGCGCGAACGGUCGCGCUAAGGAGAAUGAGCUCAAGAAGAGCAAACCUGGAGGGACCAGCAAGUUCAGUGAACCUAAGGAGAGUGGUACAGCAGCCAAAGAGCAGCAAAAGGGUGAGGAGAACCCCGAGGCAGCAGCGGAGGAGGACUACGGAGAGAGUAUGUGGGGCGCUAUUGCGAGCGCGGCAUUCUCCAAUCCAACUUCGGCUACGGGGGAGUGUGAUUGGCUCACCUUGCAUCGGCGCAUGGGGCAUGUGGCCCUGCCUAUCUUGCAGCAGCUAGUGAAGAAUGAGAUGGUUGCUGGCAUACGUGUGAAGGGGGAGCCCGAUGAGGUGCUUGGCUGCCCGACGUGCAUUCAAGCCAAGUUCACCCGGUUUCCGUUCUCUAUUUCGGAGGCAACGGCAAAGGCACCGCUUGAUGAGGUGGUGAUGGACGUGGUGGGCCCCCUGAAGCUUGGAGCUGCUGGAGCUGAGUAUUUUCUCACCAUUGUUGACGUCUACACCCGCAUGACUUGGGUGUACGUGCUGGCCAAGAAGAGUGACGUGGCUGAAACGUUGAAGGCGGAUUGGUUCCCGAUGGUGGAGCGGCAACAAGACCGUCUAGUCAAGUCAAUCCGCACCGAUCGAGGGGGAGAGUUCCUGAGCAAGGAGUUUGGGUUGUGGCUGAAGAAGAAUGGUAUUCGGCACUCCCUCACCAUGCCAUACUCCCCUGCAAUGAACGGCAUCGCCGAGCGAGCGAACCGCACAAUCACGGAGGCGGCGCGCGGGUUGCUCAUUGAAGCCGGGCUACCCGACUAUUUCUGGCCUGAUGCGGUGCGGAGCGCGUGUGUGGCCAAGAACAGAGCCUUGACUCAUGUGGGAGCAGACAAAUGGGUGCCCUAUGUGGAGUGGCUAGGAAGGAAGCCAAAGGUGGAUAUGCUUCGGGUGUUCGGGUGCAUGUGCAUGGCGCUUGUGCCUAAGCAUCUUCGGCACAACAAGCUUGGUGCCAAGGCGGUGUGGGCCGUGCACUUGGGCAUGGCUCAAAACAGCAAGGGAUGGCUUCUUUGGGACCCAUUCACCAAGAAGUUCUUGGUGAGCAGGGACUGCAAGUUCAUGGAGAACUUCAUGUACAAGGAUUGGAAGGCGGAGAAUGAGGCGAAGAUAGGCGUGCGGUUUGGGGAGGUGAAGAGUUCCGGUUUGGAGCAUGUGGAGCUGCCUUUGGAGCUGAGCAGCGGCAGCACAACCACGAGGCAAUCCUCCCUUGUGAAUGGGGGAGAGGAGGCCAAUGAUGCAGAGGAAGAAGAGGAGGAGGUGCAGCAAGUGAGCGAGCGUGCACCGUCACUCCCUUCCCGUACCACGAGUGCUCCACAGAUUCGAGCCACACCGCAGCAACGCCAAGGCCUUCAAGUCCCUGCAGCUGAGGAGGAAGGAAGGGGGAAGAGGAGAGUUCAACCCCCUAAUAGGCUGACCUAUGAUGCACUUGGAAAGCAAGGCAAGACAGCCCUGGCCGGAGCGGCAAUGAUGGUCGGAGACGACGAGGAGAGUGACUACGAGGAGUGUGCCUUCGCGUUCUUCUUGCGGAGAUUCACUCUACAACGGCAGUGA